CAGAAUGCUACGUCAGUAGCCAGUUGUCGGAGAGCUCGAGCCCCGGAAUUAAGGCCGACGAAACGUCCACCCUUUUGAAUUCUGAAGACGGCUUAUCUUUUGUUUGUAUCAAAUUACUGGUUGAUCGUCAACGAGGGAUGUCAUUAAAGCUUGCGUUACCAAACGCACUCCCUGAACUUGCGCAACAGAAUCGUUAGAUAUUUGACGGGUUUGACCUUCAGGAAACGUGUGUCUGUGGACAUGGAUUUUCACGGGAGAACUAGUUUCAUGGUAGUUUGCUUCUUAUCAGGUAAGUACGAUAUAAAACCAAGUCAAGAUCUGGUGACUGCGAAGUCACAUGCAAAACAACGUCGUUAGUCGUAAUUGAACCUUCUCGGUUAAGCGAAAUUACUUCUCGGUGAGUUAACGAAGAACAGUGUUCAAAUUCAAUUAAAGAGCUGUAUUGUUAAAGUGAGGAAAUAAUUGGGCCUUUUCGGCUCUAAAUAUAAUCAUGCUUUCAUUUAAGCCAGAACAACAUAGAAAUUCCAAGACAGUAUGAUCUGCGUAGUAACAGUGGUAUGCGUCCAGUAAGGAACGAUUUUUCAUAUGUUAAACCUUAGAUGGACGUUUUGGUUUAGAGCGCUUUGAAAUUCAACGAGGAGGAUGUAUUGCUCUUGUAAGAACGGGAGAAAACAAUAAUAUCGAAUUUCUCCGGGACAUCGCCGUCUGCACCGUCAAUGUUCCAUCUUGUAUCCGUAUAUUUUGUUCACGGUCUCAUCGAAAAUUUCACCUAAAAAAAAAAUCAAAGUGCUCUGUGAGCAAACUCGUGAAUUGACACAUGAUUUUUUUGGAUUAUGUUUAAUGUUAUCUGGUUUGGGGAAUUUUGUGGUUGAUUGUCAUAUCUAGAGUACGAGCAGUAAUUCAGUGUUCACUAAUGUAGCAAAGAAACAAAGUAACGUUGGGAUAAGAAGGCAUUACAAUAUUGAAAUGAUCAUGCUAUUGCAUUUGACAAGGGUAGAUGAUGUCAUGUGUUUUAAACGUAUAUCAUUUCUGUUUCUGGUUCAAAAGAAAAGGUUGGAGGUAAAUGUGGGUGAAAAGUGAAAUUUACUGUCUAUCAUUGUAAAUAUUAGAAAAUCAAGGCAAUACUGUCUUAGUGAAAGCAUUAAUGAUUCCCUCUUUAUCAAAUGAGACAAACGGCAACGAGUUUUGAGUAAUAUACCUAAGUCAAGACUGCCACCGUCAUUUUGGAUCUCCACCUGGGUAGAUUUUAGUCACGUGCUAGGUAACGUAUAAUUAAUAACAAGAUAGAAUUUCAUUUCAGGCCUAUUUAUCAAAUUUGUGGUGUAUAACUUUCGCAUUUUAAUACGUUAUAUGUAUUUUGAAUCUUCAAAUUGUCUUGAAACUUAAUUUGAACAAACUUCAAAUUGUCUUGAAACUUAAUCUGAACAAAUCUCUCUGCAAGCUUCGAUGUCUAAAUACCACAGUUGUCCCAAGGUCUUCAAUUCGCAUACAGAGAAGCAUUCGACUCGACGCCUAUAGAACCGUAAUGUAGGAUGAUACUUUGCCUGACAUGGUACCAACGGAUUUUUGUCCUGGGUCUUUGUUCAGUUGGACAGAAAUAAGAACGCACGCGAGCUAUAAGAAGAUAAUUCUUCAGAAAAUCGCUUAUUUAAUUUUUUUUAAUCGGAUUUGGCGGGACAGCUGAAGGGCAGUUUAAGGUUACUUCCCACCUUCGAGGGUAUCCUUCUGGAAAAAAUUCGUACGCGUGCUAGUUUCACUAAAAUCCUAGCAAACUAUACAUCAGAAGAAAGCUUAAUAACUGCAGAUUACGAUAAAAACAUAAUUUAAGCGACUUUUCUUUUAAGGAAGUGUCAGGAGCCGGUAAGGCGUGAAACGACGGAAGGUUCUUCGAUUAAAUUUGUUGGGAAUCGGAUGCCGCAGCACGAACUAAAUGGCCGCAAAUAUUUCAUAUAUCAAAAUUUCCCGACACCUUCUCGUUUUUCAUUAUUCCUGGAAUGUUUUGGCGAAAUUUGACCUAAAUCGGCCGAAUCUAUUUAACCUAUAAAUUCGCUCAAAGUGGUUGUAUUCCUCCCAAACUGAAACCGCAAACCAUUGGGACAACGGGACCUCCUGGCGUCAAUGACGAUGGAUCAAGAUUUCCCUGGAAAAGUAACUCAUUGCAGACACUUUUUUUUUUAUUUCGAUCGCUCAGUGGAAUGUUGAGGAGGACGAAAAAAUGAUGAGCAAAGUUGCCGAAGGCAAAGGCAAGACCUGCGGCAAAAAUGGAAAAAACACAAAAUGUGCUGAGGUGCAAGACAGCGAAUCGACAGAAAGAAUCGACGGACAGCUUUCAAAAUUACUGUUCGAGGCGAUUGUAAAUGUUUUUGUAUCAAGGCUGGUACUUGCACCAAGGAAAGGAAACCUCAUUUUUAACAUUAUGUAUGGUAAAGUUUGGUUUGAAAGCGACUUCUUUGUUCAAAAUCUGGACGCCAGCGUGGAGCUCCGCCAGUACUAAUCGCUUUCACAAAGGAAUUUUCUUUUCUCGACAGAAUGGUUCGCUUUCAUUCUUCUUAGGGUCUGUUUUUUUUUUGUUUUUUUUUACCCAAGACUUUCUCUCGCUUUGGAUUUUUCCAUGGGCAAAGAUCUUUCCAUAAGCAAAGAGCUUCCACGUGAGAAUUUUGUAAAGUGCGCGAUGUAAAAACAAAGUAUGGAACUAACAUGUAAAACGAGCCCUCCAUGAGCGGUUGCCUAAGUGAAAUUUUGUGUGUUUGCGAUUCUAUCAAUAACGGUGCGCAGAUGUAUUAUCCUGACGGUGAACUUAAUUCUAAUUUUCCCCACCUUAACUGGCCAAUGUACAGUGUACCUGCAACAGCGGUCAGUGGAAAAAGAUAAUUUUUGUGUAAGAGGGAACUUGCUAAAGUAAUCUUAAAGUUGCCUUAUUUAAAAACACAUUAAAUUUUCCGCGAUGUCCGAGUCCAUUCUAUUAGUUAAUGAGCUAGACAUAUUUUGCAUAGUAAUUUGUUCAUUUGUGCGUGUGAUAGUCAAAAUGCAAAUUCACUCACUUGAGUGGAAAACAUUGACGCAUCUUUCAGUUUAAAGUUAAAUUUUAUGUUUAUUUCAUCAAAAAGAAAACAAUUUUCUUUAACUUCUCUUCUAUUUGCCUGAUUGGUUUUCGGGUAAAAUUUCCGCACAGCCCCAUACUACAUUAUGCAUUCAGUUCUUGGAUAGAGAAAACAAUGACAAAAACAAUACAUUGCCAUUGGGAAAACAGAUUUGUUUUACAAUAGGAUGGGACUAUGUGGAAAUUUUACCGGUUUUCGUUCGAUCGUUAUGGUUCCCACAUAAAAUAACAAUGCCGACGAAAUACACGUAAAAGUUGCCUUGAUUUCAAAUUCAAUUACGAGCUGCAGACAAAUAUUUUUCUCUUGUCAGUUUAAGAUGCAAUCAGUGGUGGGAAAUGCAUAUGAAACCUGAAUCGUGCUAAAGCCACUGAUUAAGCGUAACGCUGUGUUCCGGCUGACAAGGAAAGGAGUUCAGGUAUACAACAUGUAGGCUUACAUGACUAAAAGUUAGAAGGGUUGGCUGUAAAUUUGCACCUUGAUGAGAAGUGUGAGAGGCAACCUUACACGCUAUUUUUUUUCCCUUCAUCCUGUGCAACGGGCGCAGACUGCAUCCAAAUUGGCGAAAGGCCAUGUAAUCAUCAUUCAGCCAAAAGAUAUCGAGAUUAUCGAUAUUAAAUGUCGGUGGCUGGGGAAAUUUAAAACAGAUGACAUCUCACGUUGCUGCUUUCAAAUGGCCAUAUCGGGUUGACUAAUGUUUUUUAAAAGUCAAACUCCACGGCCGUACUUUUACCUGAAAUCACAAAAUGGUCGCCAGGAGAAAAAUUUCGUAGCCAAAAUAAAAAUAAAGGAAAUUAAAUAAAAAGAAAAGAAACAAUUUAGGAACCUUCAGUGUUUUAGCCAUCAUAUAUCUAUUUAUUCUGAUCUCAGAAAUAACGGAAAUGUCCUUAAAAAUAUGCCUUUUGUCACUAACAGAUUUUUCCGUCCGCUUGCUCACCUUAUGCUUGCCGAAAGAAAUGAAAGCAAUCUCUCCGCAAGAUGUCCCCAGGUUUUCGUUUCGCGGAGAGGCUGUUUGUAUCUUAAAUAGGCUAACAUAUUGCGUGACAUGGCAUUUUCGCGUUGGGUCUUCACUCAGUUGAACGAAAAAAUGAAAAACACACACUCGCGAACAAUAGGAAAGUCUUCGGAUAAUCAUUUAUUUCACAAAUUGUAUGAAUUAUUUCAAGGCGGUUAGCAGCUGUAAGUAUUUCGUUAAAUGGAUUGUUUGAAAUAUGAUAUGUAUGCAAAAUCUGUCUGGUUUGAAGGCCCAUUAACUAAAUGGACUUGGUGAUCGUCUCAAAUUUUUAUAUGUUUAAUAAGGUAAUUUUAAGACGGUAAUUUGGCAAGUUCCCCUCUCACUCACAAAAAUUUCUCCAUUUACUCCUACUGCAAGGUACAUUGGCCAGUUAAGGUGGGGAAAAUUAGAAAUAAGUUUACCAUCGAGAUAAUACAACUGCACACUGUUAUUGUUCGAAUCGCAAACACACAAAAUUUCACUUUCGGUAACUGCGACCCCUUGAGGGGAAUUCAUGCAACCAAUAUUAUGUAUAAAUGUCCCACUUUUAUCGAAUACUUUUACACAGUUUGCACAUCCAUCCGUCAUGAAAUAUGAGUUUUUAAAAGCUAUACAGUGUUGGGGUUCGCUUAUGCCAGACGAGUCACGACAUCCCCAUGAUUUCUUCUCCAAAGUAGCGUGACUUGAAAAUUUAAGCUUGAAAUUUCCGCGUUCGUCGAAAACUUGAACUCGCUUGUUGCCCCAGUCGCUAACAAUUAUAUUGUCAUGUUCGUCUAUGGACAAACCACAGGGAAAGUUAAACUGCCCAUCAGCUGUCCCACCAGAUCCAAAUGAAAAACAAAAUUUACCAGCUCUACAAUCGUACAGUUGAAUACGAUGGUUUCCAUAAUCAGAAACUAACAAAUGGUUGCUUUUGUUGUACGCUAUUCCAUCAGGUAACGACAAAUUGCCUUUUUCUGUUCCACUACCACCGAUUGUUUCUUUGAAUGUUCCAUCUUCGUUCAAAAUGAUGAGACGAUCACAUCCCUGGUCGGACACGGCAAUGUCUCCUUUGGAGUUAACUGCAAUUCCCGAUAAAUUAACAUCGUGGCCUUCGGCUUCCAACCACCGUAAAUUGUAGGACGCUUUUUGUGUUAUUGGGGGAGGUUUUACGUGUAUCAUUUCCACAGCUUUUCGUAUUUAUGUACCUUAGUAGUAAGUACGGGCCGCCACUGCAUCAACAGGAAGUUGUUUGCUGCUGAUAGGAUGACAAUUAUGAUAAUCAACAAAUGAAAAAAUUUGCAUGACGAAAUGUUGUUUAUUGAAACGAAAUACAAUUUCCUUGACUUCCUUUUUUAUUUGCCCGAUCGCUUUUGCAGUCGAUCGUCAAGGUUUUCUCGACAAAAUAACAAUGAUGAUGAAACCAACGUAAAAUUUGCCUUUAUUCCUAGAUUUUAUUCCGUUCUGCAGAUAAUAAUUUGUUCUUUUGUACGUUUGUUAUUGUCAAAAUGCAAAUUUACUUUUCUAAAGUAUCUCGAUUGUCAGUGGUGCGAAAUGUAUUUGAAACCUUAAUUGAGCAUAGGCCACUAAGUAAGCAAACGCUUCUAAGUCCUGACUGACAACGCGAAUAAUCUCACCUUUUUAUCUACCAUAUACAAUAUGUGGGCUUGCAUGAGUAAAAGCGGCGCGUUCGGCUGAGUACUUGCACGUUAAUGUGAGCGGGAAUUUGAGGUGCAAGAGGCAAACACGCGCGUUUGUAGCACUUUAGGGAAAUUGUAUCCCGCGCAAUCCGCGUGGGAUGCUUUGAAACUGAUGAAAGGUAAUGUGAUUACUAAUCAGCCUAUGCAAAAGAUGGUAAGUUUCUAAUAACGCUCGAAACGUCAGCUCUAGAAUCUCCUUACAAUGACCAAAUCUCAUCGUCAUCUCAUUCGAUAACUUAACCAAUACAUAUAAAAUUCGAUUUCAGUGCGUGGGAAAACGCUGGCGUAUAGUUUCCCGGGAAAAUUUUGCUUGAAUGAAUGUCACGUUGCUUGAGAGUUGACAAACUCAAACUUCACGGUUUGUCUAUACCGAGCGAUUAUAAACUCCCUAUAGAUUCUUAUAUUUUCUUGUCUUUACUGGAAUGAUAAACGAUCGCCAGAUGGAAAGUUUAGGCAUCCGAAAAAAAGGUUACGGACAGCUUAUUUUGUAUUACAUGACCAUGUAGAUUUUCCUUUUGAAAUUCAGUAAAUCUAUCCAAGAAGAUAGGAAAACAUUUACAAAACACGACGAAAGGAUAUUAGUUUCAUUGGGUGAAAAUAUUUACCAAAUAACUUUGAUCUCAAGUCACUAAAUUACCGAUCUUUGCGGCAAAUUUGUUCGCAAUUUUUUCUCUUUUGCAUGGUGCUCUAAGCGAUUGCUGAUUGGAGUGCUGAGCUCAGAUCUUGAAAAUCAAUGUUUUAUUCCGCUCUUGUAAAAUAAAAAAUUUCCCAAAGAGAUUAAAAGUCUUUUCUUGGUGCGGAGUGAUUCGGUUUCGGUUCGGCAGAUCUGGCAUUUAAAAAAACUCUGCGAAUACCUAAAAAAUGAUUAACAAACUUAAAAUUUUAAAAGAUACCGCAAAUUGCAAUUUGGCUGAAAAUUUUCGCUCGGAUGCCGGACGCUGGCUGUUUAAAAGUUCGGAUUAUGGAUAGCAUUGCCGGUCUUCUCGCCUGCGUUGCAGACAUAUUUUGCUCCGUUUAAAUCCAAGGGGAAGAAACGAGAUUGGAAGAGGGCUAAGCAUGAGGCGAAAGCGGACCAAAAGAAAUGAAUCACAAGCGGGAGAUAGCUAUCGCAAAGGAGGAAAACUUUCCUUUCCUUUUCCGGAAGUUUUAAAGGAAUACGGUAACAAAAGUAACAAAAAUAGAGCCUGUUAAAAAAUAUCGCAGACUGGCGAAUUCCUACUCUCCUGCACACUCUCCGCCCCCACCCCCACACAUAUCAGAGAUUUAAGUGCGCUCUUAGGAUCAAUGGAUUAGUCAUUGUUAAAAUAAAUUUCGUUCCGAAUAAAAAUAAAUUAAUGGGCAAUGUGAUUAAUCAAACAUGGCAUUUUCAAUUCAAAUGUUUUUUCUUUGAAUUUUAGGCACGAAGUGAACUUUUUCAUAAAUCAAUAGAUUUGCAGUUUGCGACGGUUACAAUUUAGAAAUCCAACUGAUUACAUUAUUUAGUCUGUUAAAUGCAGGUAAUACUGUUGCAAUCACAGUUAACUUAACAUAUUAGCUCGUAAAAUCUUUGCAAUUAAACCGACAUUUUUCAAAUGCACGGAAAUGACGUAUGGAAACCAUUUUACUAAAACUUUGUAAUUGUUGCUACAGACAUGAUGAUUUCAAACCGCACGAAGAGGAUAAAAAUGAUGGAAGAUUAUCCUUCGCCUAGUUGGGAAAGGAUACGCGAGCUCGACUAGGGAUGACAUGACACGGUAUUCAUGCAAUGAUCGAUGCGCGCCAAAAUCAUCAAACAAUCCAUUAAGAGGCUUCCAUCUUUGAAACAAGAAAAUUUUCAUUCAUUUUUUUUCAGUUUGCUAUUUGCCAUGCGCUUCAAAUUCUCCACGCCAGUUGCUAAUAAAAUUAUUUUAACCUACUUGGUAUAGGCGAAACUCUUAUAUAAAAACUAAAGAAUAUCAACCAGUUGAUAUUCUCUCGAUAAAAAUAUACUGUUUUCAUUUAAAGUCAUUGUUCAAUGACCUAAAACAUCAUCAACAAGAACUUGAAUUGUUGUCAUGUAAUUCUCCUUAAAAUGGACAAUUUAGGACAGUUAUUUGGCAACUUCCCCUCUCACUCACAAAAAUCUCUCUAUUUGAUCCCUUUGCCAGGUACAUUGGCCAGGUUAAAUUGGAGACACUAGAAACAAAAGCGCCAUCAGGGUAGUACAACUGCAGGCAGUUGUUAUUCGAAUCACAAACGCACACAAUUUCGCUUUCAAUAACGGCAAUCCCUUGAGGAGAAUUCAUACAGCCUAUAUUGUGCAGAAAUGUUCCUCUUUCAUCAAAUACUUGCACGCAGUUUGCACACCCAUCCGUCAUAAAAUAUAGGUUUUUCAAGGCUAUGCAAUGUUGCGGUUCGCUUGGCUCGGGAGACUCAGUGGCCUGACCUGAAAACCUUAGCUUGAAAUUUCCGCGUUCGUCAAAAACUUGGACUCGCUUGUUACCCCAGUCGCUAACAAUUAUAUUGUCAUGUUCGUCUAUGGACAAACCACAGGGAAAGUAAAGUUGCCCAUCAGCCGAUCCACCAGAUCCGAAUGAAAAACAAAAUUUACCAGCUCUACAAUCGUACAGUUGAAUACGAUGGUUUCCAUAAUCAGAAACCAGCAAAUGGUCGCUUUUGUUGUACGCUAUUCCAUCAGGUAACGUCACAUUGUCUUUUCCUUUCCCACUACUACCGAUUGUUUCUUUAAAUAUUCCAUCUUUAUUCAAAACGAUGAGACGAUCACAUCCCUGGUCGGACACGGCGAUGUCUCCUUUGGAGUUAACCGCAAUUCCUGAUAAAUUAACAUUGUGGCCUUCGGCUUCCAACCACCGUAAAGUGUACGAAGCUCUUGGUGUUAUUGGAGGAGGUUUUACGUGUAUCAUUUUUACGGCCUCUCUUUACUUCAUGUCGUUAUUGAAGGUCAGCUGCUAUGGCUUGCGCACAGGAAGUGAAGUUGGUGUCGAUGCUUAGGAUCAGUUGCCACACCAGGAUUAAAUCUGACAGAAUUCUAACAAGAGUUAUUGACGAUAUCAUUUCCAUAAAAGGGUUACAAUUCUGUCACUUCCUUUCCUUUUAGCAAAUCGGUAAUCUUGUCCAUCGAAAAACCACAAGUCCAAUAUUCUACUCGCUAAACUACCUACCAUUUCGAAGCUAAAUUUCCUGUUGAAGACAACGCAUACUUCUUCAGGCUUUUUGAUUAGAGAAAUGCAAAUUAAACUCUUUAAGCUUUCUUUUUCGAUCAGCUGUCAUAUUCCUACAAUAGUCAGGGGCCAGGUACGUUUUCGUUAUCACUUUCAACGAAUAUUGUAGAUCGUGCGUUGUUGAAGUGGGAACAUAUAUAGGCUUCAUUGACGUCCGCCAUCUAGUAAGCAAUAAUUAUUCGUCAAACUUCUAUUUCCUUUGCGAAUAUUUUUAGAUGAGGACAUCAAAAGUGAAUUGAUUCCAGACAUGAAAAUAAUCGGCAGCUCUAGAAUAAAACUGUCAUUGAAUAUAUAAUAUUCAUUAUUUUUGUCCCUCAAUAAUGAUUAAAACACCGUUAGAGCGUUGAAAUCUGAAAAAAAUCUGAAAAAAGCGUUGAAAUUCAAGUUAAGUAAGAAAAGAAAGGUUUAAAAAAAAAGCAGGGACGAGGUGGGUUGUUACUUAGCAGUAGAAAAAAUAAAUAAGGGAAACUGGAAUCAAAAGGUAAUGGAUUGUUGGAGUCGAGAUGAAGCGGAAGUCGUUCUCACUGUUAAUGGAAAUAAUGACAGUCACUGCCAGAACGACUGAUAAACUUUGUGAAUUUUUCCCUCUCUUGACUUCCCGAAAAUGAUUCGAUACACCUAGACACGCAACAGUGUAUCAACCAACGCAGUGUUUGUCCACACUCCUCUUAUCGUUAAGCCAAAAAUCUUUAUAAAUCACAAAUAUUUGAUUUGAAAUGUCCCCAACCUCCUCUAAGUAGAGUUAAAAGUUCCUUAGAUGCCUUCACGUUCCCUGGCCGCCUCCCUCUAUAUGACGUCAUCGUUUGUUCCGUUCUUAAAUCCUCUCAACCCAUACUGUUUUUAUCCUUUACCGCAUUUUGAUCUGAUGUUGCCCUCUUCCUUUUUUUCGUUGUCGGGGAUCAUCACGCAAUUGAAUUUCAACAUAUCUUAAUGUUUGCAGUGGGGUCGAUGAGUUGUUUUCGAAAUUUUGCGCGAUACAAAAUGCAAACAGUUCGAGAGGAUGAUGAUAAAACAGGGACAUAACUAACAACAAAACAAAAACAGGCAAUUCAUCAGAAUAUAUCAGAUAAGGAUAUUCACAGAGUCUGUUGAACUCUUUGACUCCAAAGAGUAACUAGCAUCUAAUUCUCAUCACAAUAUUACCCCUGGAUCACACAUUAACAUCAUCAGGAACGAUCACCAACUAAAAAAGUCCUUGAUUGUUGGUCAAAUUCUUCUUGUCAGCACCCUGGGAAAUGUACAGAAAACAGUAAUGACCAAUGUUAGGGUGUAAAGUGUUGAUUAUGGGUAAAGAGGAGACACACUAUCAGUGAACAUGAGUUGGAGGGGUUUUCAUAAUCAAACCUUACGUCGGAAAGGAAGACAGACAUUUCAUUUUAUGCUAAAUUUAUGCAUGGUUGACGGUUUGAAAUAUUCCGUUUUGACGGGAACCGUUAACAGCCGACAAGAUCCACCGGAUAAUUCACGAUUUUUUAACAUUUCUUUUCCGGUUUUAUUCGUUUUAUUUUGCAGUAUGGAUCACGGCAGAUUCCCUGACUAUGACCCAGUCUCUGCGCGCGAUACUGAACAAUUUUAACAGUACAAGAAAUGUCUACAUCGACCCAGCUGCGAAACAAAUAGCACGUGACUACAUCGUGACAACUUUUAGGGAUCAUGGACUGCAAACGUGGACUGAAGAAUUUCAGAGCAAUAACGACAAGGUGAAUAACUUAUUUUGAACAGGUAUUUGACAGAUGGAAACUUGAGGGAGUGUUAUAAAAGUGUCCUUAAGAAACGUAUUGAUGAUAAACAAUUAUUGGAUGAGGUUGAGCAUGGUGUCAUGAAUUAUUAAGCCGAGUUCGGCUUUGGUAGACGCGAGGUUUGAUAAUUUAUGAUAUCAUACGAAAACCGAAUUCAAUAAUUGUUAUUUUAUACAUUUUUAAAACAAUUCGCAAAAGAAGACACUUCCCCUUGAGUUGCAAAAGUUUGAGAACACUACACGGAAGAAGGGUUUAGUAGACUUUAAACUCGGCAUUAUUAAUGCAAUAUCCGCUGCAGAUAUUGCAUUUAUUAUCUCAACUUCACACUCUACUAUAUAUUGGUUGAAUGCUUUCGAUAUAUUAAAUAUUACACAGUCAAUCUCAUGGUUAACGAUAGCUCUUGUCGCACGAGUAAAAUUUAAGGUCUGUUAAUGUAGGGAAAAUUUUUUCUACCUAGCUUGGUUAUAAUUAAGACACUCCCGCCUUCGCUGAACUAACGCACCUUUUAAUGUUUUUAUGUAUACACAAUAUUCAACCUUCGACUUAAAAACUUCGAAUCUGAGCAGACCUUGCACGAAGCAAACUCGUUAAAAAAAACGUACAAUUUUUAUUGAAUUCGCCAAGAGAUGGUCCAUUUUCCUUCAGUAAUUGAAACUUCUCGCUAGUUUCCCCUUUAUUCACGACGCACAAAAUUUCCACCUACCUGCGAGAGGUGUAUGGCCUUGAAAGUCUGCUUACGGGAAUUUUUUCUGCUCAACCAAACACGUCUGCCUUUUCUAGUUCCCAGGGAUAAACGUCGUUGGUCGGCUGCCUGGUCGCUAUUCUGGAACGCGUGACGACAAAAUCGUUCUCAUUGGUUCUCACUAUGACACAGUCCAGACCACUUCCGGUGUGGAUGAUAACGGAUCGGGGAUGACUGCCUUGCUACAAGCUUUAAAGCUAUACACUAGUUCAGGUGUGAUAUUAGUUAUGUACGAAAAUGUCCAUGGGCUAUAAGGAGCGGAAUCAGCUAUUCGCCCAUUUAAGAGUUAAUCCUUCCACUGCUUCGGGUUCAUAUAUAGAAAUCGUUUAAGAAUAAAUAUCGUUUCCCGACCAAUACAGCUCAGGAGCCAUAUUCUUUUGGGCAUCAUCCGACUUUAUUGCUUAUUUUGGAAAUUAAACCCCCUUUUAAGUGGGUACUGACGAACAGUGGAUUGGAACAGAACCCGAUUAGAAACACAAACUGAGAUUGAAAAGACGUAAGACUAACGCUCAUUUUAAAUAAUAUGAGUUCAAUUGAGUGCUAAGUGAGUUUUUCUAAAGAAACUGUGGUGCUGCACCGGUAGGUGUUUUAUAAGACAAUUUGAUUUUAUCAACAGAGUCGACAAUAUGAAAUAUAAUCCAUCAAAUAGCUUUGCUCGCGCGCGAUUGAUCCAAAAUCACCACGUGAUCAAAUAUACCCAAGCUACCCGAGGAUGAGCCCCGAGUGAUAUUACCCAAUUUUGUGAUACUACCCAAUUUUGAAACGGUACGUCCAUUGCGAUAAAAUCGUUCGUUUAAAAUUAAGUUUCAAAAUUAGGGACAUAUUUGUUUGUUCGUCCCAUACGUUUGAAAACAAUUUCCCGCGCAUUGUAAAAAUAUUUGAGGCCCACAGUUUUUAUCGAGCUUCACUCUGGGGAAACUGUUUGCAUCUCGGAUCAAUUCCAUGAUAAAUAGUGAGUAAAGAAGUCGCCCAAUGUUAUCUGGUUGUUAUCAAAAUGAGAUAAAAACAUGAGCCUGUCUGGUUGUUACGUUUUUAGUAUGCGCUUCGCCCUCAUAAGUUAUGACACAAUAGAAAUCUUCAGAUCACAAUCCAAUUAUUAAAUAAAUAGCGAGAGACGAAGCUUAUUACAUUGCAGCAUUUGUGAUAGAGGGCUCGUAAAUUGACAUACUUAUAUAUAAUACCCCAUCAUGGCGGGCGAUGAAGAUCUUGCAUAAAAACAAAAAAAAAUCGAUAUAAUUGAUGAGGCGGCGGCGUGGCCGAGUAGUCAGGGUGCUGAAUUUAUAAUCUGGUGGUUCCAGUUCAAAGCCCACCACAUCCACUGCAUGGAUUUGUUCGCUGUUGCGCCAAAUUCAACACCUCGGCUACACUGUUUAAGUAUUCAACUGUUGCCAGCCAAUUGGGGCUUUUAAACAUUUUGUUUAUUUAGGGCCUGUUUAAUGUUUACAUGGAGGUGGGGGACCCCAGGUAGGUGAGGUAACCCGCCUGUCCAUAUAAUUUCUUAUUUUAUUUUGAUCACGUUUACAUGAUAGGUGGGGUGACCCGCCUAUAAGGUGGGUUGCCCGGUCUGCCAGGUAGGGUAACCCUGUCAGCCGGGGUGACAGUUUGCCAUGUAAACGUGUCGAGGUGGGAUAACCCGCCUAGCCGGGGUCGCAGUUCAUGGCAAAAAGCUCAAAAGCGAAACAUGUAUGUUUUAAAACUUUGUACAUUUCCUAUCUGUCUCAUGGCAGAAAUCACCAAAAACCGCAACGGACAUACAAGGAGUGUAAAAUGUUCACAUUUCGGAAUAUUUAGCGUCGUAAAUCGACCAUAUUUGGUUUCCCAAACUAUUCCGUAUAACGUAUUAAGUCAACGGUUUCUCGCGAAACCAAACACCGCUAACACAACGCGUGACGCUUUCAUGAAUAAAUACAAAUGUGUCCGAGAAUUAAUCUUUGGUCUUUUUCGAGAUGUGAGCUUGGGACGCCUCUGCUCAAACUCCUUAAUUGCAAGCGCAACAACAACCUAAAGAAACCUCACCCCAGCACCCCGGGGUUGUAAGAUUGCAUGUAAACGCGUUUUGUUUUUCGACCACGGCUGGGCGGGUUACCUCACCUACCUGGGGUCCCCCACCUCCAUGUAAACAGGCCCUACAAUAUUUGUUUCAAUUUGUUUAUAUUGGUCCUGUAAAAACCUUGUUGGGGGAGUGGUCAGUUAAUGUUAUGAUUAAUAUCGUAACUGUGAAACUCCUUUCUUUAGACAAACAGAAAUGUUCACGAGAUUACACGCUUUUGUUCGUGGCUUUCGAUCUAGAAGAACGUCAACCUACCGUCAACACCAGCUGCUCAAAGUCAGGAAACUGCCCUUGUAGUGGUGGAAGUUGUGGCAGCUAUUAUUUCGUACAGAAUUUCAGUCAGUAUCUCAACAACAGUGGAGUUGGUUUCCAAGGAGCCAUUGUUUUGGAAACCAUUCUAAACUACAACACCACACCAAAUUCUCAAGUGUUUCCUAGUGGUUUGAAGCCGUAUUUUACAGAGACAUACAACAAAAUAUCACAAAAUGGGUUCACGGGUGACUUCUUGGCUUUAAUUGGUCGGUCAACAUAUGACAGAAGACUCAUCGAUGGAAUAACAAAUGCUUUCAAAGAAGACGGUGUGUUCUUGUAGUGCUUUGUUACUAUCGCUCGAUAUCUUUUGCUUUGGUGAAGCCAAAUUGCUUCCACUCUCAAGAAAGCACCAAGGAGCAUAAAAAUUUUGCAUUAUUUUAAUUUUCAGCAGGACUUGUGGAUUGUCCUUGAUGUGCAAAUGAAUCACCGGAAAAUGUAUUACCUUCAGUCCAAAUCCAUUUACGUAUCAUUUAUUGCGAUUAUUGUGUGUUCCCUCAACCUCGUUCCUAGGGUGCCCUCUCCUCUUCUCUCUAGGGGGGAAGAGAGAGGACCCUGGAAAUGAGGUCGGUGUUGCCCUCUUUAUUAAUCGACAAGUUAGUAAAUUUGAAAGUCUUCCCGGCGUUUCUUUCCUUCUUGAUCUGAUCUAAUGCUGUGUAAUCAAUUUUUAAACAUAUCGACCCGCAACAAAAAUGUUUUUCCGCCAAACAAAGUCUAAAAAAAAUCACAGAUCUUCAAAAUGGGACCCUCGCAGGAUUUUAAGGUGUGCCACAUUGCCGAACCUUGAUAAAAGGACAUUGCAGGAUGAAAUAUGUAUAUUGGAUUGUUGUUUCAAUCUUAAUUUCGUAUUAAGUUUCAAGAAAAUCUGUUUUCCCUCAUUUUCUAGAAAACUUUCUAACAAUUGCCAUGCCUAUACCCAACUUGUUUCCAUCUGGUCGACCGGACACUUGGCCCGAAAAAAUUAGGCAAGGUAUGGGGGAUUUCUUUCGUUCCGACCAUUACUAUUUCUGGAAUGCGAAGCCAACGUUACCAGCGAUCUUUGUCACAGACUCUGCGGAUUUCCGAGGAUUCAUGAAAAAAUGUUAUCACAACGCCUGUGACGACAUGAGUCACGUGACCCCAGAGAUGAUGAUGUUUUUGGCGCGAACAACAAACAGCGUGGCUAAACUGGUCUCCAACAUGACAAAUGAAAAGUGCGAAAUGAAAAAGGCUGGUAAGUUUUACUUGACAUCAUGAUGUAUGAUAUAUAAUUAACAUUUUAAGCCCUGUCAAAUAUUUGGCUGAGGCUUUGGCCUUUAGUACAAUUAUACUAUAUCAAUGAAUAGCGUUGAAGGCGUGCUCUUAUUGGCUACUCAAAUACCAAAUUUCCUUGGUUAGUAUGUACAACACAAGUGAAUAGUGCUUGUCGCGCGCUGAUUGGCUAGUUCGGAAGUGAAUUGCAAGUACCAAGAUAAUUACCAUUCACCUCCACGUCGGUAAAUAAUCAGUAACUAUUCCGACCAUAGUUGAACAUUAUUAUAAACAUUAUUAACAGGCUCGGUUAAUGUCUACUACAAGCCACCUCUGCUCGGAUAACAGAUUAUUUCCUUUCUUUUCUGUUUUGCCUUCCCUUUACUCAACAUUUUAAUGAACCUUGCAUAGUCAUUUAAUAUAAGUAUUACAACAUAUUUUUGGUUUCAAUUACUUAAUUUACUUCGGAAUUUGUACAAAAAUUUUAAUCAAUGAACUUCCUUGGGGCUUGAGACUCAAAGUUUGUCAUUUAGCGGUAAAUAAUCAAAAUUAUUCACCGACGUGGAGGUGAAAAGUAAUGGAUAUUUACCACUUUCAAUGGCUUUGAGGUGAAUAUUUGUUUUAGUUAUACUGUACAGAAACCAAGAAAUUGUAGUUUAUUUCUGUCAAUAUACCGAGAGAUGGUCAGAAAUAAAACUAUUGACAAACAAUUUUGUCUCUUCGGCUCCUCGAAGGUGAAUAGUACUUGCCAAUCACUUCCGAACUAGCCAAUCAACGCGCGCGUGAAGCACUAUUCGCGUGCCAGGUAUAUACUAAGCACAGUAUCUGGCUGUAGGAUACAUUUGAGGGUCCUCUGUAGCCAGAGCGUGCAUCUUCAAGCCGUUGAAUGACUUACAUAAGUGUUAACUCCUACGAAUGUUUUUCAGUCAGCGCACAAAUGAGAGAUCCUACGACCUGUAGGGAAAAGAGCAAUUAGUUUCACUUUUGUUACUGAGUGAAUAUGUGUAAUUUUGUCUGAAAACCUACAGCUUCAGAUGAAAAGAAGUACCAAUUUGAUAAAGUAAAAAUAAACAUUUAUGUGGCGCUAAAACUAUUUACAUAUUCAAACGCGCCUUACAUUACAGUAAGGAUUAUAAACUAGUGAUGAACGCUUUCCUAAAAAGAAAUGUUGUGAGCUGUUUAUGAAAUGUAACCAGGCUGCUAAAGGAUCUUAUUGGUAACGGCAAGGCAGGAACAGCACGAGCAAAAGCGCGAUCCCGAAGUGUAGAGUAAUUGACGCGUGAAACGAAUAGAAGAGAUUGUGUACAUGAGCGAAUAGCAUAGUUAAAGGCAGGCUUAAGAGAUAAAAGGUAUUAGGUUGUUUAGCGACCUAAUAAACAAAAAGAAGCAAUUGAAAUUGAACUCUGAAUGAUACAGGAGGCUAUUGUAGGUCGAUGAGAGCCAGUGUGAUGUGGUCAAAUUUCGUAAUCUGAAAUAUCACCCUAGCUACGGCGUUCUGAACUUUCUGUAAACGAUCAAGUUGAUAUUUAGGUAGACCAAAAAGAAGCGAGUCGUCAUUGUUCGGGGGCAAGUCCCGUUAUUUUUCUUGUCGGGAGUUAAAUACUUAGAGGGGUUUGUUAUCUUUUCGCCUGGGGAAACUAUCUGUCAUCCGUGGGCAGUGGAAAACAAACAUGUACUUUCCCAGAAAUAACGUAGCUUUGCAUUUCAGCUUUCAUAACUUUUCUUCCAUAUGUAGCGAAGAAAUUUCAUGUCAACGUAACAUCAAGUAAUGAUUAACGGAACUGCAAAAGAACAAAAUUGUUCAAGAUCUUUUCCUGAAUGGUUUGAAAUUGUUGGAAUAAUAUCAUUGUGCAGUUCUUGGCUUUCGCCAGAAUGUUUGAUAAUUUUUAGCUAGUUAUACCGCUUUUUUCUUUACAUGUGCAGACUGUGUUCAACAGAUAACAGAAAGCGAAGGUGAAAUCGUAACGCCGUACCAUGACACCGUGUAUCCUAACAAACUGAACUGCGCAUGGACUAUUUCACUUGACGCUGAACAUAAAGAUCUCAAGUUCAAGUUUACAGCGUUUGAUCUGGAGGAGAGCAUCGACUGUACUGCAGACUAUGUUGUCAUUCGGGAUGGAAAAGACGAAACAUACCCUUUGAUUGGUAAAAAAAGAAUAACACAUAAUUUCUCACCUUAACCUGACCAAACCUAAUCCAACUUAGGGCACCACUACAGCAAACGGCUGUCAAAACACGAAAGGUCUUGUCACGAAAGACCAAACAUCUUUUCAUUUCGCGUAACGCACAGUCAUUUCUUGAAGUUUUUGAAGUCUUUAAUAAAUCGUAAGAUAAAAAAUACAUAUCCUAUGUUACAUAAACGAGAAACUGUGUAAUGAUAAUUACAGUAAUAUACUGUGGCCAAAAAGAGCCAAAUUUCACAAGAUUAAGCAUGACGUUACACUGAGGAUGUUUCGGGGAAGGUUUUCAGAUUGGCGAACUAUUUUUUUGCAGUGAUACGAACCUUUUAAAAAAUUUGGACGCUCUCAUUGCCUGCUUCAGACUAAUCAGGAACAAACGCGCUAGAUGGCUGGAGCUUAGCUAACAAUACGCUGUUUUUUCGCAGGGAAAUAUUGUGGGAGGACUCUUCCAAAGCCAGUUACGGCUUCGUCCCAGUCCCUAUACAUCAUGUUCCACUCGGACGACCUGGUAGCUUCCAAGGGUUUCAAAGCGGAAUGGACAUCAAGUGUUACCUCAAGUGCUUUUCAAGGUGAGCUUUUUAGUUGCGAUGAAGUACCUUACAUCUAUCGAUGUAGUCGCUUUAACUUGAGCUUAGAUCCUCUUUAAAAGUCAAAUGGUGUCACACUAUCUUGAGAGGUGCUUUUUUAAAAAAACUUGCAUACGAUGACCACUUCGCUUUCACAUUUUGCAUUUUUUUUUCCUCCCUGGCCUUGUAAAAAGUGACCACGAUGACGAUAAACACGAAUGCACGCAUACUUUACCAUUUCCAGUCCACAAAAAGGCCGGUUUCACACUGGAUCGAGUGGCUGUUUUUCUUUUUUAUGUAUAUUAUAACGAAAUUUCGAACAAGAAUUGUCCUGUUGUUCCAGGAUCUCUUACUUAGGCUUUUGAUACUAUUUCCAGCAGAACGAGCGCAAAGUUUAUUUCGCUCUUUAACUAAUUAUUAAGGAAAUAAAGGGCUAGGAUAUGGGAGUAAAUAUCCCAGGGUUUAACAAAUGACCUGAAUUUGCAUUCUUUUUGAUAGGAUAUCGUCCAAUAAUGUGGCAAAGCCUUGCUUACCUUGUGUGUACAACACUGGCCAUUAUUCUGUGAAGAGCUGGUCAAGUUUUUAUCUGAUUUGCUGAGUUAGGAUGUUUUCUCAGCUCUUACUCUUACAGAACUGAUUGAGCAAAAAUAGAGAAUUUGAGGUCAUCUAAUAAAAAAUUCGUCUAAAUUCAAAAUUGCGACUAAAUAUGGCUUAUCAUAUGUCAUUUUAAAGCCAAUUAAAUUCUUCAUCGGAUAGACCAUAGUAAAGCAUUUUUCUACAUAAAUUAUGCUAAUUGCUUCAAUAAAUUCGUAUAAUUCAAAGCAUUUUUUUUGAUAAUUUUUUCUGACAAGUUGCCAUGAAAAACCAGAAACUUGCGAGGGAAGUAGCAAAAUCUUAGAAGUUUGUGAAAAAUAUAGUUUGAGCAAUAUUUAAAAGAUAUUGUUUCGUCGGUGAUAUUCUUCAUGGGAACCAGAACGACCUAAACGCUUCAUGCAAGUUUUGCAUCCAAAGCCAGUUUCCUUUCGCUUCGCUCCUUUUACACCAAUCCAACAAUGGUGAC